AUGAAAAUCUCGACAUUUUCAUUGCAAGUGUCUGUAUCACUUAUGCAGCUCCAACUUCAGAACUAUCGCAUUCUCGGUCGAAUCCUAUACUACGUCCCGCACAACUCACCCAUCCACCCCGGGCGUGUCCUGACAACCUUUGGUUUUAUUUCAGGCAUCGUUGAGGCUCUAAAUGGGUGGGGUGCUUCAUACUCGGCGAAUCAAUCCUUGACCGACAGUGAGAUUGAGAUAGGUCAUGCCCUGAUCAAGACCUCAUUGCUCUUACAGGUUUUUGUAGCAAUACUGUUUAUUACUCUGGCUGCUACGUUUCACCGUCGAUGUGUUGUCGCUGGUACCACGAAUGAGCAGCUCAACAAGCCACUAUGGACUUUGUAUAUCAGCAUGACCCUGAUUCUCGCGCGAAUCAUUUAUCGCAUUGUGGAGUACUUCAAUGUUGCGGAACUCAGGUACGGUCCAGGCUUUGAUCCAGCAACAAUUAGUCCUGUCGUGAGAUACGAGUGGUUCUUCUAUGUGUUUGAGGCAGCUCUUAUGCUUUGCAACCUUAUCAUGUUCAACGUACGGCAUCCCCGACGAUACCUUCCCAGAAACAACAAGAUUUAUCUCUCUCCAGACGGAGUUACGGAGAUGGAGGGCCCUGGAUACAAGGACCCGAGGAGGUUGUGGCAAACCCUUAUCGAUCCUUUCGAUAUUCAGGGGUUGGUAACUGGUCGUGGCCGGGAAACUGACAAGUUCUGGGAAACGGCUGGGGGCCUCGGGCGGCCAACAGACUCGACCAAUACUGCAGGAUUCAAGACUGAAACUGUUUAG